AUGUUAAGAAUAUUUUCACAUCGUAAUUUCGGAUUGCUUUAUGCAAAUAUUCAAACAAGAAUCUCUCUUAUCCGAUCAUAUUAUGAUUUAAUUAGUGAAAUGAAAAAAUUCAAUGAUAAAAAACAAUUCCAAAACGCAUUGAAAUUAUUUUAUGAAUGUGAAAAAUCAAAUCAUGGAAUGAUUUCAGGUGCAGCUGUAAGUCAAGCAUUAAAAUCUUGUACAAAUAUGAAAGAUUUUCAAUCUGGUUUAAUUCUUCAUCAACGAUAUUCAUCUCUAAUAGAAAAAAAUAAAUAUUCAUUAUCAUCACUUAUUCAUUUUUACAUGCAACUAGGAGAUGUUAAUCAUGCUCAAAUACUUUUUGAUAAAUUAAAAAAUAAAACAGUUGGUAUUUAUGGAGCAAUGAUGAAAGGAUAUAUUAAAAAUAAUAUGGCACAAAAAGCAAUCGACAUUUUCUUUCAAAUUACAAAUCCAGAUGAAAAAAAUAUUUCAUUAUUAUUUAAUGCAUGUGCUCGACUUGCAACUGAAGAAACAUUAAAUUUAGUAAAACAAGUUUUAUCUAAUCUUCCAGAUCGUUAUCAAAAUGAUGAAUAUAUUUUAACAACUGCUUUCGAUGUUUUUAUUAAAUGUAAGGAUUUACCAAAUGCUGAAAGAAUUUUUUCAAAACUUCCACAAAAUACAAUUAGCUAUGGAAAUUUAAUGAGUGCAUUUAAUAAAAAUAAUCAACCACAAAAAAUAUUCGAAUUAUAUGAACAAAUGAAAAUAAAUCAAAUUCAAUUAAAUCCAUCAGUUUGUGUCUUAUUAAUCAAUGCAUGUUCUACUCUUGGAAUAUAUUCAAUAUCAAAAUCAAUAUCUGAACAAAUUCCAGAAUCAUAUCUUAAUAAUAUCUUUAUAAACAAUGCAUUAAUUGAUAUGUGGGUA